AUGGCCGAGCCCAAGUCCAAUGGCGACGAGCACCAUGAUGCCGUCCAGACUUUGUUCGACCGCACAGGCGGCGAUGAACUUCAUUGGACUAAAGCCAUCUAUGGUCUCUUGAAGGUCAACGACGUUCCGAUCAGCCCACCUGCCAAGAAGUCAAUGAAGUUUCUCCCUCGUCCAUGGAAGGGAUCUCUCGAUGCUUGCUUCGAAUUCUUCGGAAGGCCGAACGACUUCGGAUCCACCCACAUCAAGUUAUCCGCUCGCGAUUCGAGGGGAUUGGUGACGAACAAGUUGGCGGCACCCGACACAGUCGUGCGCGUGACUAUCAAGUGCACUGCUGCUCAACUUGCAAUUCACCCUGGCUCUUUCAGCAAGCUGCUCGUGAGGGGGCAAGAUGGCCUGCACCUGCACACCCAGCUGAAGUCUCUUCGAGAGACCAUGAGCACAGACUCUGAGCAACGCAUCGAACUUUACUUUCCAUCGGGAGUGUUCGAAGAUGUCAACGCAACGUCAAACAUCAUCCGAGCCCGAACCAAAUUAGAUGCCGAGUUAGAUCCCCUUGCUCGCUUUUUCACUCAUGCACCCGACGUCAAGACCCUUACCAUCGGACAACUUCUCGCUCCCGGAGAGGAUGGUUUCCCAUACACUGAAGUGGCAGCUCGAGGUUUACAAUUUGCGACAGACUACCAGGAUCUCCUGUACAACGUCGCUGGAGCUUACUACAAUGAACACCUGCAGUGGAUGGCCAUCUAA